AUGGCGAAUCAGCCCAUCGACGGCCCGGCCGUGCUGCCGGCAAACACAGCAACAGACUCUCCAGAUCUUCGAUCCUCCGGUGAUAUAGAAAAACAAGGCAUACAAGAGGCUACAAGUCCCGCAAAGAAAGUCUCCGCCUUCAAGUCCCUGGGCUGGCUCGACCGCUUUCUAGCGGUGUGGAUCCUCCUCGCCAUGGUCCUCGGAGUCUUGCUGGGCAAUUUCGUGCCUGAAGUUGGCCCGGCGUUGCAGAAGGGCAAGUUUGCCGACGUAUCCAUUCCGAUAGCCGUCGGCCUGCUGGUGAUGAUGUACCCGAUCCUCUGCAAAGUGCAGUAUGAGGUAUUGCACCAAAUUUUUGCGCACAGAGGCAUCUGGAAGCAAAUCGGCUUUAGCGUGUUUGUCAACUGGAUUGUGGCGCCCCUUCUCAUGCUUGGGCUUGCUUGGGCAUUCCUACCCGACAAGGGUGAGCUCCGUGUUGGCUUGAUCCUGGUUGGCCUAGGAAGAUGUAUUGCCAUGGUCUUGAUCUGGACGAGCCUGGCAGGCGGCGACACGGAAUACUGCGCCAUCCUGGUCGCCGUCAACUCGAUCCUCCAGAUGGUUCUUUUUGCGCCACUAGCCCUUCUUUACAUCCGCGUCAUCAGUCGCGAGUCUGGCACUCUUGACGUGUCGUACUCGGUCGUCGCCACCAGCGUGGGUGUUUUCCUCGGCAUCCCCUUUGGUGCGGCCCUCGUCACACGUUUUGCCGUCCGAGCGAUUGCUGGCCACGAAUGGUUCAUGAACGUCUUCAUGAAGUACUUGGCACCCUGGUCGCUGAUCGGCCUUCUGUACACCAUCAUCGUCCUCUUCGCCUCGCAGGGUCGCCAGGUCGUGCACCAAAUCGUCUCCGUCGUCCGCGUCGCCGCCCCUCUGGUUGUGUACUUUGUGGUGAUCUUUUUUGUCACGCUUUGGGCAUCACGAAGGGCGGGUUUCGGAUACAAGCUUAGUGCGACACAGAGCUUCACAGCCGCCAGCAACAAUUUCGAGCUGGCCAUUGCCGUCGCAGUCGCCACAUACGGGCCGCAAAGUGAUCAGGCUUUGGCGGCCACGGUCGGACCGUUGAUUGAAGUGCCGCUGUUGAUCUUUUUGGUAUAUGUUGUCAAGUGGAUUGGGAAUAAGUGGAGGUGGUUGGAUUAG